AUUUAUGAUAAUAUUGUUAUGACAUGUCAGGGUGUGAAAUGCUGAUUUAAUCUAAUGAAUCUGACUAUUUGUAAAAUAAAAAAAUGCAGCGAUAACUGUAACAUACAUUUAUUUAUAUUUGUAUGUAAUAUCAUAUUAUCUGUAUCUUACAGCCUGUAUUUAUAAGGUCGGUUGUAUUAGGUGACCCCAUAAAAUUGAUCACCUGCCAGUGUAACUUUGCCAAGCCUAAGUUACUAUCUAGGGCAGCGGCUGUGCCGAAGCAUGUGGACUCAAUGUUCCCUUUCUGUAAUGUUGCAUAAUGUUCGGAAAUGACUUGCCUUCAGGCAAAUCCGAUCUGUGUUUCAUUCUGUUGCAAAUAAUACUGGAUUGCUGUGCUCCAUCCCUGUGCAGUACUUUCGCAUGUGGGUGCAUUGCAUCGUGCAUCGCAACCAGCGUUCUUCACAGGAGGAAGGAAGUGACAUUUGAAACUCCAACUCCCAUCCAGCACCACAAAUCAACUGCCCAUGAGUUUAGCCUUUGCCGUUUCCGAGUGCUUAGUUAUGAAGGACCAUGGUGUUGGUAGUGUUCUCCAGGAGCUGUCAGGGCCCACUCGUCUGGGUGGUGAGGGACUGGAGCCAAGACCUCUGAGCGGGGCUCUGUCAUUCACCGACGAGGCUGUCUCCAUCCUGACCUCCAAUAGCCAGCUGGCCCGCACCCUCCUGGGCCGCGGCUCCGCCCUGAAGCGCGCGGAGGGAUCCACCAGCGGAGGCGGUGGCAGCAGUGCGGGCUCGGACGACGACAGCGCCAUUCGACGCAAACGGGAGUUCAUCCCCGACGAGAAGAAGGACGAGGGCUACUGGGACAAGCGUCGGAAAAACAACGAGGCGGCCAAGCGCUCCAGGGAGAAGCGGCGCGCCAACGACAUGGUGCUGGAGACUCGCGUGCUCGGCCUGCUAGAGGAGAACGCCAGGCUGCGAGCAGAGCUCCUGGCCCUCAAGUUCCGCUUCGGCCUGGUCAAGGACCCCUCCUACGGGGCCAUCCACCCCAUCUCCGCCCCUCCCUCCUGCCCCCAGCCCCACGGCCCCCGCUACUACCACCACCCCCACUCUGACACCCCCUACCCUCACAACAACACCCCCAGUGUCAACGCCAGCCACAAUCACCACCACCCCUACCUUCACUCCCAUCCUCCCCAGCAGGGUGGUCCCUACGGGGUGAGAGGAGCCGGGGCCGGCCGGGACGGGAGCAGCCUGUCGGAGGACUCGGGCUUCUCCACCCCAGGGAGCUCCAGCGUGGGAAGCCCCGUGUUCUUCGAUGACGGACAGGGGGAGCACGGGCGUCCGUCCCCGCGCCGGCCUGAGGAGACAGGCUACGAGGCUCACUCCUGCCCCCCGGAGGCCGACGGGGGAUACCACGGCAGACCAGACUCUGGCGAAGGCAUUAAGAGCCUCCCUCACAAACUCCGCUUCAAGGCCCCUGGUGGCGGCAGCGGCGGCGGCGGUGACGGGGAUGCCUCGGUGUCCGUCUCCCCAGAGAGCCGGCGCGGCUGCCCCAUAGCCACGGUGGGGCCAAAUCUCCAACAGAGGAACCAGCCCAGGUGGGACACCAGGGUUGAGGGCAACGCGACGUGGCCCAGGGAGGAAGCCCGCGGCGGGCAGGAACCGUCGCAGCCCUACACCCCCUCCUUAGGUUACAGCUCCCCGCCACAGCACAACCCAACGGACUCCCAGUAUGUGGCGGAGAAUGGUGCCCUCAAGUCUCAGCUCAGCUCCCUCUCACAUGAGGUGGCCCAGCUCAAGAAGCUCUUCUCCCAGCAGCUGCUCUCUAAAUUGGUGUGAGGGCACCUAAAUAUUCUACAUCACACAGAUUAGGGAAGUUGGGGGCGUUUUAUAGAGGACUUAUCACUGUGGACACGGAAUAAGACACUUCUUACUUACUCUGGUGAUUCCACCAUGGACUUUGGGGUUCUGCUUUUAGAACUGCAGUUUAGCCGGGAACCAUCAUUUCAACUACGAUCUUCUGUUGAUGUGUUUAUUUACAUUUUCGAGCUAAACUUGGCUUAUUUCAGUUCUGAAACUGGUCCAGUCAUUCUCAAUCAAACUGUUGCUUCAGGUAGCUACUUCACAUUCAAAGUCAGAGAGAUUAAUUAUCAUGUGCAUGGAACUACAUAAGGUCAUUCUGGACGAGUUCAUUCUUGUGACAUGCCAUGCAAAAACUAAGUAGUAGGCAUAAAAAAGAAAAGGAGACUUAAUUCAAAACCCUUAAAAUGGCAAAAAUUGCUAAAAUGCAGUAACAGCAGUAAAGACUAGCAAUUGGGGCAGGAAUAGCAACUAGCAUUGAGACAUUGACAGCAAAUAAUAAACCAACAGAAGCAUACUAGACCAGCAUUCUGCUUCACACUAACAAUCCAGCGAUGCUGGCAGUGUCCUAUUUCAUUUUCGUAUCCUAUCAGUUCACAAGCACAAGAAAUACAAAGCAACACAUUCCAACAGAAAUUCGAACCCAAACAGGAUAUUUAAAUGUUUUGUGUUUGAUUUCAGUCCAAUCUUGAUGGGUUCUCUAUGUGUGUAAUGCUAUUCUGGCACUGUGAUUUCCUCUUUCCAAGUGAUAUUUUUAUAUAUAUACAUAAAUAAUACAUGUUUUUACUCUCGGCCUACACUGAACAGGUCAGUUUGAAACACUGGAGAAUUAGUACGUAGUUUUGAGCACAACUUAGUAAAAAUAUGCUGUUUUUUCUCUGGGAUGUAAAUGAUUAGCCAUUUAUCAUGUUUUUAAUCGCUGUCAAUGUGCUUACAGUAUCUGCUGUUGUAGUUGUAUCCAUCAUGUUGUUUGUUUACAGUCCCUGGUGUGCUACAAAUAGGCCUAACAGUAACAUAUAAAUGCACUGUGAAUAUGCAAAGUUGAAAUAACUACAUGUCAUAUUCUGCGCUGUUAAUAAAAUUAAAAUGUUGUUGAAUUUUGAACUCUU